AUGGCUAUCCGUGUUCCUCGUAUAACAAAGAAGUCUUCAACAUCCUUGGAUGUUCCCAAGGGCCAUUUUGCUGUUUAUGUUGGGGAGAAGCAGCAGAAGAUAUUUGUGAUACCGAUAUCAUACUUGAGCCUGCCUUCAGUUCAAGACCUGCUAAGUCAAGCAGAGGAAGAUUUUGGCUUCAAUCAUCCGAUGGGUGGUAUCACAAUUCCCUUCCCUGAGGACAUCUUCAUUAGCAUCACUCCUCAAUUUAGGAUUUAA